AUGCAAAACACAACGUUUCGGCCCAAACGGGUCUUCGUCAGCGAGGCCGUGGACGGUGGAGUGAGUCAUCAACUACAAAGGAAAACGAUAGAAACCGCGUCGAGUGGAUCAGAUCAGAUCAAGCCCAGAAAAACGAAAGAAAAACGACAUAACUUCUACUCAGUCACCGGAGGGUUGGAUGUUGUACUGGGGGGCAGACGAGUCCAACUGAACGCCCAGAACCUGAACCUGACAGUUCACCCUGGAGACGAUGUCACUCUGAGCUGUCGGGCUCCUGAUGUCGACAUCGCAGCAGCAGAGUGGAGCAGAACUGACCUGCAGAAAAAUGAAGCUGUCUUCCUUUACCGAGACGGACACAUUGAAUCAGAGGACCAGCAUCCGUCUUUUAAGAACCGGGUGGAGCUGAAAGACAGAGAGAUGAAGAACGGCGACCUGUCUGUGAUUCUGAAGAACGUGAAGAAGAACGACAGUGGGACAUACGAGUGUCUCAUUAGAGCUGCUGCUGCCAAACGCAGGAAGAGAGCCAUUAUUGAAACUGCUCCCAUCAGCACCAUCAGGCUGGAGGUUGUAGAUCCAGCCCUGAACCUGAAAGCUCACCCUGGAGACAAUGUCACCCUGAGCUGUCAGGCUCCUGAUGUCGACAUCGCAGCAGCAGAGUGGAGCAGAACUGACAUGAAGGAACUAGAAUAUGUCUUCCUUUCUGUAGACGGACACAUUGACUCAGUCUACCAGCAUCCAUCUUUUAAGAACCGGGUGGAGCUGAAAGACAAAGAGAUGAAGAACGGCGACCUGUCUGUGAUUCUGAAGAACGUGAAGAAGGAGGACAGUGGAACAUAUGAGUGUCUCAUUAGAGCUGCUGGUGCCAAACGCAGGAAGAGAGCCAUUAUUCCAACUGAUCCCAUCAGCAUCAUCAGGCUGGAGGUUGUAGAUCCAGACGCUUCAGAUGGAGACAAAAUGAGUCAAGACUCUGUGAAUGACCAUGGUGAACCUGCUGGGCGUGUUCAUCCUGCAGUGGCUGUAGUUCUUACACUGGCAGUGCUUAUUGUGGUUGUUUCUGCUGUGGCUGCUGUGAUGCACAGAAAACAAAAAGCAAGUAGAGAACACAGACAGGAGAACAGGGAGGAUGUGUUGGCGGGGGGCGUGUCUCAGGAGGUAGAGCGGUUGUCUGGUAACCAGAGGGCUCCCGGUUCAAUCCCCAGUUCCCCCAGAGCCUGUCAAAGUGCCCUUGAGCCAGAUGCUGAACCCCUCAGCGCUCCAGAUGGAUAGCUAGGCGCCCUGCAUGGUAGCCUCUGCCAUCAGAGUGUGAAUGGGUGAAUGUGAGGCAAAACACUGUAAAGCGCUUUGAGAGGUCAGUAGACGAACAAAGCGCUACAGAAAUGCUGCUCAUUUACCAUUCAGGAUGCUGCCACAGCUGAACUGUUGCUGUCGUGAUGAUAAUGACUUCUGUGUUUACCUGAGCUUCCAGCUGCAGCUUCUCUGCUUCAAUCACCUGGUUUGAACAGACUUUAUUGACACCGUCUACCUGGACAGGUGUGAGCUGAGCAGCUCACUGAUACUUGAAGUUUGAAAUCUGUCCUCACUCCCUCUCUUCUUCUGGCUUUAAGUUCAACAGUGUUAAAGAACGAGGCAGAUUC